UUAUUCGAUCCAGCUUUUGAAUUUUGCUAUUUGAAUUCAUUUAGAAUUAUAUAGUUCUCAUUAAUUAUUAAGAAAUUAGUACGUUAAAAUUUGUGUUAACAGAUUCCUAAAUUAUUUAAUACCGCGCAAACAUGUCUUCGUAUAAACCCAUUGACUCAAAAAGAGAAGAAUUUAGGCGGUAUUUAGAGCGUGCAGGAGUAAUGGAUGCUCUAACAAAAGUUCUUGUUAGCCUUUAUGAAGAGCCAGAUAAACCAGAAGAUGCCUUAGAGUAUGUGCGGAAGCAUUUAGGCACAGAUGGAGGUGAUGAUGAACUUGAAGUUGCACGUGCCCGUAUUGCAGAACUAGAAGCUGAAAAUGCUCUUCUUAAAGGAGAAGCAGCACCAACGGAAGGAUAAAGUCUCACAUUAACAAUAAAUUAAUAUUAAUUCACUUGAUCUCAAUGUGACAUGAUCUCUUCUAACUCUUGUUGAUUCUAAAGAAAUAUAACUUAAUGUUAUAUAUUUAUGAGAGUAAUAUUUUUGUUAUAAAUAAAAGAUGUUUAAGUUCAAGUGCAGAAGGCACAAAUAAAUUUUUUGACAAUUA